AUGACCGAUCCCUCCGAGGAUAGCAAACACGAGGUUGAGCUCGAGAAGGCUAACGGCUCGGCUCAGCCUGCCCCUGAAGCCUCCGUCAAGGAUGCAGCCACCACCACCAUCCCGGAUAAUACCCCUAAAGUGGCAGUCUGCAAGAAACACCCCGAUGUCAAGUCAGAGAAGAAGAAGAAGAAGAAGAAGAAGAAGAAUCGGAGUAAGAAGAAGCAGGAUGCCUCCGAGAGCGAGUCUGACUCCAGUGAGUCGGACGAUUCGUCCAGCGAGUCCGAUUCGGGCAAUGCCGAUUCUGAAUCGAUCGCCAGUGAAUCCGAGUCUGACAAACGCAGGCGGCAUCGUCUAAAGACCAAGACCCGGACCAGGCGUGCCCAGAGGGACAAGAAGCGACGCAAGAAGAGAAAGGUGCGAUCGCGCAAGUCAAAUGCUACAGACUCCGAUACCGACUCGUCCGAUGACUCCGACACCGAUUCUGUCUCUUCUCGUGACUCGGACUCGUCCCUGGACGAGAAAGCACUACGCAAGUUGGUGACCCGACUGAAGCUUAAGAAGCGGGCCAAACUCUGGGACAGCACCAUCCACAAAUACAAGCUCAGCGAGACCGUGGAUGACCCGGACGCCGACGAAUGGGACCAGUACAUCUUCACGGUACGCCGCAAGUUCAACUGGGAGAACAAGUAUCUGGAAACCGUUGUCGAUAUCAAGAGCAAACAUCUGCGUGAUGCGCUCGCCAAGGUCAUGGACGGCGUCAAGGGUGUCAGUUUGGUGCAGGAGCCCGCCAUCGUUGACCCCAAUAUGCUGUUCUUAUAUCUAGAAGAGACGAGGCAGUGGAUGAAGGAUCUCAAGCGCCAGUCGCGCAGCGAGAAGAAGAAGAAGGCCCGCAAGAGCGCCGCUACCAAAGCGGCGCAUCUCAAGGUGCUCGUCAAGUACCUCGACACCGAUUACGCCGACAUCAAGAAGACUCUGUACCCGCUACUCGAAGCCAAUACCAUCACGUUUGAUCUGCUGUGGGCUCUAUUCAAGCCCAAUACCAUCGCCUACACCCCGACCUACGGAAACAGUGACGAGCCGCGGGCCUUCAAAAUUGAAUAUGCCAUCAAGGAGUCCUCCUUCAUGAAGGGCCAGUGGUACAGUGUGGAGGGGCGGUACUUGGAAUAUGACGGCAAGGACUUUGGAUUCGGCACCAUGUCUGCAGAGGUGGAAUCCUUCAAGGGAGCCCGCAAGAUCACCAGUCUGACGUGCUAUCCACUGCAGUAUCACCGUGACUCGGAGGCUCUUCGCGCACGGCUGAUCGAGCGUGGCAAGCGGUUCGUCGCCUUGCGCGGCAUGAAUUACCGUUUCCAUAAAGGUAUGGCUUUCUUCAAGAAAAAGCGUUCCUUCGUGGUCAAGGUUAAUAUCAACGGGCGGGUCAUGAUUGACCCUGCCAUUCACCGACGCAUCAACCCAAACUACCCCAUCAGUACCGUUCGGCCUAAGGAUCCGGACCUGCUAGAUCCCUCCGAAGCUGGAUUCAGCGACCCGGACGAUGACGAUAGUGGUGGCUGCUGCUGCGGAGGAUCCGACUCGGACUCCGAUCGUGGGUGCGCAUCGGAUACUCCGCGGACUGUCUACAAAGUCAUCGAGGGCGACGAUGGGAACCCGCGAGUCGUGGAGGUGGAAGUAGACGAGAACGGAAAUGAGAUUCACAAGGAGAAGAUGGAUCGCAUUGAAGGAGACGCUGCUGACAGCAAGGAGCGAGAGUUCACGGAGGAGGAGCUGCUCGUCGCCAGUCCGGUGGUUCUGGGCUUCGCCUUCAGCGAGAAGCUCUGGCUUGAGUUUACCAUUUCGGGCAUCAGCGAUAUCGAGUGGAAUGUCGACGCCUUCGGCUCGCUGGUGCUCCCCAACAACCAAAAGUCCAUCGUCAAGGCAUUGGUGGAAUCACACACCUUCCAUGCAGCCGAGAACAUCGACGACGUGAUUCAGGGCAAGGGCAAGGGUCUCGUCGCCGUGUUACACGGUCCUCCGGGAACUGGAAAGACUCUCACGGCCGAGGGCAUCGCAGAGCUUCUGCGACGACCGCUGUACAUGGUCAGUGCCGGCGAGCUGGGAACGGACUCGCGCACUCUGGAAGCCGAAUUGAACAAGAUCCUGGAUAUUGCACACUCGUGGGGAGCCGUGCUUCUUCUGGACGAGGCCGAUGUCUUCCUCGAGAAGCGCACGAUCCACGACAUCCACCGCAAUGCCCUCGUCAGCAUCUUCCUACGGUUACUCGAGUAUUUCCAGGGGAUUCUAUUCCUGACAACCAACCGAGUCGAGACUUUUGAUGAUGCCUUCCAGUCCCGUAUCCACGUUGCAUUGCGGUACGGCGAUCUCACGACCAAGGCCAAACGGAGUAUCUGGAAGAUGUUCCUGGAGCGGAUCAAAAACUCGGUUCGCACCGCACAGGCGCUGGCAGUCAACGAGCGCUCACCUCUAUCGAUGGAUCAUAUCAAGCGAGUCCUUGACGUGGCGGAGACAUUCGAUCACGAUCUACGUGGAGGAACGGGAUACUUGGAUGCGAUGCGUAGCUACACUUAA